AUGCGGGCGCACGGCCUCAAUGCCGAUAGCGUGCUUGACUUCACAUCUUUUUCGCAGAUCGUUUGGAACAAGUUCCACGAGCAGGAUCCUCUUCCGACUAUGCUGAAAACGAGGGUUCUGGCAGAGUCGGGCUGCGGGAUCUGCGCCGUGCCAGCAAAGAGGCGGAGUUGCCUCUCCGAGAAGAGGAGGGGCGUGGAUGGAGGGUGUUGGGAUGAAGGGGAAGUGCUUGGAGGCUUGAACGAUCUGCUUGACUACAACCACGCCACGGGGGAGUUCGAGUAUCUUUCGGAAGAUGGUUCUGCAGAUGCGGAGUCCGGUGUUUGUUACGGAGCAGCUCUUUCCAGGAAUAUUGGCACUGUGCAAGGUGUCAGGAGCCACACAUUGAGGACACGACGAAUGGGGCGCUUCUGCUUGGCUGAUGUCACCAUUGUUGUGGAUGCCCGCAUUUCGGCAUCGGCAGCCUCGAUGAUUGCAGAGGCGGUGCAUGACCAGGUCAUCCGUGACUUCCAUCCAAUUGUCACGGACGUCCUCGUGCAUGUUGAUCCAGACGGGAGUCCGCAGUCGCACCGAUUGGAGACACACUCAGAGGUGGGCAACAUGGCCGACCAGAUGAUGAUGAAUCCUGAGGAGCUCGAGGCACAAAUCCGGGAAGCCCUUCUGCAGGAGGAUGCUGACAAAGACCUUCCACGCAUUUUGGAGGUGAAAGAACUCCAGACCUACUUCUACAUGGAAGAGUCACAGCAUCACAAGUACUGCGCAGAACUUGGAAUGACUGGCCCGUCCGUUCGCUUGCUGGGACAAGCCUUCGGGUGCUUCCUUUUCGGCCUGGUGAAAGGGGCCGAUUUGCAGCUUGGUGAUGUGGUCGAGUCAGCGCUGCGGAACAAUGUUGUGCAGAGCGCCUCAUCAAAUGAUUUCGCCGUAGCGAUCUCGCAGAACAAGGGCCAACACCGAGGUGAGGAUGUGGUCGUCACACCCGGAAGCAACGGCAUCCUGAGGAUUGCCUUGCUUAUGGACGGCCACGGGGGCCAAGACAUCGUCCGGCAUGCCGCCUCCUUGCAAGAGGGCCUCCUCAAGCACUGCACAGACUUGCAGGUUUGGCCUGGCUGUGCUGAAGACUCAGUUGCAGCCUUCCAGGACCAGGCGCGGCAGCAGCACUGGCGCAGCGGCUCCACCCUCGUGGCAGUCGUGUCAGAGGUGAAAACCUCUCGCGUCGCUUUUGCCUGGGCCGGAGAUUCCAUGGGAGUCUUGAUUCGUGGUGGGCACAUUGUGUACAGGACAACGAUGCACACCCUGGAGAAUGAUGAGGAACUUCACCGUCUGCAGACACACCGCCCAGCAUACAGCUAUCGCCUCCGUGACGGCUAUUUGUGCAGUUCCACCCCCUAUGCUGGGUGUGUGAUGCCGACCAGGGGCUUGGGCGAUGUAGAGUUGGAAAGUGCUGGAUUUCUGGCAGUGCCGGAGACGUCAGACUUCAUGGACGUGACGGCGGAUGACAUUGUUCUUGUUGCUUCGGAUGGCGUGUGGGACGUCGUAGACGCAGAGGAAGCCGUGGAGAUUCUGGCAGACACGCAGCAUCCAAGCCGCGAAGACCAGGCAGCGACACUCGCCGCGACGGCGCUCAAAGGCUGGCGGACAAGGUACGGUCCCAAUGAAGCAGACGAUGUCAGCGUGCUGCUGUAUCAACCUGUUUCCACUACUACAAGUAGCAGCCUUAGCGGCGCUGCUGAGCUCUGA